AUGGUAAAUGCAGUUUCACGAAGAUUACUUAAAGAACUCAAAGACUAUCAAAAAGAACGUAAUCAAGAUCUUAUUGAAUUGUCACCGAUACAAGAAGAUAAUAUUUUAGUCUGGAAGGCAGUUUUGCGAGGAGAAGCUGAUACUCCUUACGAAGGCGGACAAUGGACCUUGCGCAUAGAAAUACCAAAAAAUUAUCCUAUUCAACCGCCUAAAAUAAAAUUUUUGACCAAGAUCUGUCAUCCAAAUAUAUCUUUUAAGACAGGUGAAAUCUGUUUGGACAUUCUGAAAGCCGCAUGGAGUCCAGCAUGGACUCUACAAUCUGCGUGUACGGCGAUUAGGUUGCUGUUGUCAAAUCCAGAACCCACUAGUCCAUUGAAUUGUGAUGCUGUCAGGAUGUAUACACAACUUUGCGCUAUGUCUCCAACUGAUAAUGAAGGAAACGCUUAA